AUGAAUAAGGCUUACUUAAUAUUGAAGUUUGACAAUAUUAAUCGUUUAUCAAUGUUAAAUGUUUAGUUAUUUAAUUUUCAUUUUCAUCAAUUGAAAAAUUAAUCUGAACUGUAUUUUCAACAAUACUAGUAUAAGUAAGUAUUAUUAUAAAUUAUAUUCUAAUUCUUGUAAUGUUUAGGUAUAUUAAAUAUUAACUUUCUUAAUUUUGAGAAUUAUCCUAAAUUACUAUUACUUAUUAUGUAAUUUUAAUUUUUACAAGUAUCAAUCACUUAUUCUUUUGGUGUUAUUUUCCAAGCAAAUGAUAACCAAUCAAUAAUCUAAAAUUUUAGUUAUUUAAAUUCCUAUAUAUAUACAUUUGAAUCUUAUUUUAUAAACAAAUCUCUAAUUCCCCAAUAACCUUAAGAUGUCGUUGGUUAAUUAAUAUAGAUUUAGAUUAUCCUUUAGAAUUACAUCCGCUAACAAAGAUAUAAGUUGUUAUGA